GACUCUGAAUUCUUAUCGCCAUUUUUGUGUAUAUCGAACAACGGAAUAAAAAAAGACAUACCAAAAAGAAGGAAAUUUUGUGCAUUACCAAAAAAGAAAAAAUCCAAUUCGAAUAUAAAUUCUAUAUAAAUACAAAAUUCAAUUCCUUAAUAACGGGCAACUUUUGCAGUUGCUAUAUUCAUUUAAAUAAUAUAUAUUUUUUAUAUUAAAUAGCUAUAAUUAAAGUGUAAAAAAAGUGAAAUAUAGAAAAUUAAGAAGUAAAGCAAAAGUAAAAAAAGUGUUCUCUUUCAGUGGUGUUGAAAUUUAGCGCAGAUUUUUGCGUAUAUUUUGUGAAAAUAAUUUAAAAAAGAGAAAAAAGCCAAAAAUAUAUCUGGUUAUUUUUUUUUUCUACAAAUUUCUUUAUAAACGCAACAGUACUUAAAAACAAAACAAAAUGGGAAAUGAAACCUCUCUGCCAAUGGAGAUGUGCUCCAACUUCGAUGCCGAUGAGAUACGUCGAUUGGGUAAACGUUUUCGUAAACUCGAUUUAGAUAAUUCUGGUGCCUUGAGUGUUGAUGAGUUUAUGUCAUUGCCAGAAUUGCAACAGAAUCCUCUAGUGCAGCGUGUCAUUGAUAUUUUCGAUGCGGAUGGUAAUGGCGAAGUAGACUUUAAGGAAUUCAUACAAGGUGUAUCACAAUUUAGUGUUAAAGGUGAUAAACUAUCAAAACUACGUUUUGCAUUUCGUAUUUAUGAUAUGGAUAAUGAUGGCUACAUAUCAAAUGGUGAACUAUUCCAAGUGUUAAAAAUGAUGGUAGGCAAUAAUCUUAAAGAUACACAAUUACAACAAAUCGUAGAUAAAACAAUUUGUUUUGCCGACAAAGAUGAAGAUGGUAAAAUUUCAUUCGAUGAAUUUUGUUCGGUGGUCGGUAACACAGAUAUUCACAAAAAAAUGGUUGUUGACGUCUAAAAACGUACAUUUGUGUCUCCCUUCAUAUAAUCCCUCAUCCCUCCCUGUUCACUUGAAUGAAACCUAAAUCACAACGUUAAAUAAUUCACUUCACGUCACACCACCACCACUCCUUUUCCCCUAAACAACAACUCCAGCUCUGCCUUUCAAUAAACCCUCUUUCCAUCAGUCUCUAUCCUUUUUUCCCUUUAAUUAAUAUACUUAACUAAUAUUUAUAUAUUUUUAAUUGUAAAUUUUUUGCUAAGGGAAAAAACAAGAAAGAAAAUCUUAAAAAAAUUUAUAUUUAAAGAAUAUUUAAAGUUAAAUACAAAAACAAAACAAAAAAACGAAACAAAUACAAGAAUUUUACAAAUCUCCAUCCUCGUUAAUUAAAAACAAAAAAACACAGAAAAUAACUCUUUAAUUUAUUAACUAAUAAACUACUGCAUAUUUAAAUUUCGGUUUCUCUUAAACUUUUUAAUUUAAUUUUUAUUAUACAAACUCACACUUACAUACAUACAUAUUUUUUAACUGGAAUUUACGUUUCUUCAAUUUUUAUUUGAUUGUGUUUUUAUAAAAAACCUAUACAUAUUUAUUUUGUUUAAUCCAUAUUUUUUUUAAUUUAAUUUUUUUCAUUUUUUAUAUAUUAUUAAGUUUGUUAAAGUCUUUGUAAUAAUUUCCUAAAAGAAAAUAUACAAAACAAAUGUUUAUUAAAUAAAAACAAAAAUAAAAAAAGCUUAAUACAAACAAAAA